AUUGACAUCACUGGUAAGAUAGAUAGGUAUAACACAAAAGAAAGGUGCGACAAAGGAAAAAAGCAAAAGGAAAAGGAUGAUAAGAAAAAUAUGAGUCCCUUUACAAAGGAGAUGGAUGGUCAACAAACCAAAUAUUUGAAGAAAAAAAGUAGGGAGAACUCCUAG